AUGAUUUAAUAGAUGAAAUCUUAAUACAAUUAACCCUUUUUAAAUGACAGAGUAAGCUCAGUAAGCUCUAUCAGCAGUUAAGAAAUGGAAAAUUGCAUAAUCAUCAGACCGAAGAGAGAAAUAGUUUUUAAGUAUUUAUCAAAUAAAGACAUAACAGCAGAUUUUGAAAUAAUCAACUAAUCGCACACUAAGAGAUAUUUAUACAGAAUCUUAUGCACAUCAAGUAAAAGCUAUAAGGUAGAGCCUUACAAAGGAGAAAUCAAUCCAAACUAAAAAAUAUAAAUCAAAUCUAUCCUCAUAUCAAAAGGAGCUGAUAUUGAAAAAAGAAUGAAAGACCAGUUCAAAGUGGAAUACAUUUGCUUAGAAGAAGAUUUAAUUGAUUAAAACAUCGCUUGGAGUACAUUUCCAAAAAAAGAAAUUAGACUUUCAAUAAGUGUAAUGUUUUAAAAAUAAAAUGCUAAAUCUAAUUCACCAAAUAGACCUAUUGUUAAUGGAAUAACGAAUGGUGUUAAUAAUGAUUACAAUUCAUAUUAUAACAAAUCUUAAAAAAGUUUUUACUCACCAAAUUAAAGUUAAAUGUAAAAUAACUCUUAGCUCAGCUACACUAAAGUCGUUAAUUCUUAAAUGAGUCCAAGAUCUAAUCAGUUUGCGCCUAACGUUAAUGGGAUGAAUAGUAGUAACGAAUUUAAUUUAGAUAAUAAAUACCCAGAAGAAUCUAAAUUUACUCCUGACAACUUUGGAUUCGAGUAGUCGUCUAAAACGUUAAAACUCACAAAUAGUUACAGCCAAAAUUCAAGCGAUAAGCAGUAAAUGGUAUUUAACGCAGCAGAGGAAAAUUACAAAUACUAACAAAAAUUUAAUAUGCUUAGAAAGCGCUAAGACGAGCAAGUUGAAUUAAUAAAAAGCUAUAAAGAAGAUAUUAAAAAAUUUCAUAAUGAAAUAAGUAAAUUAAAAUUCAUUUUCAGAAAAAAUGAGUCCUUAACCGACAACUAAAGCGAGUCAAGUAGCCUUUUUUACUUUUAUUCAUUUAUUUAAUUAUAGCUUUUUAAAAAAAUAACUUUAUUUCAAAUUAAUUAAUUCAUGCAACAUGAAUUGAUUUACUCAUAAUAGUUAAGCAUUUAUUAUAUUCCUAAUUUUUGA